AUGCCACCGUUUGAGGCCCUUUAUGGGAAGUGUUGUAGGUCACCCGUAUGCUGGGAUGAGGUUGGUGAGCAAAAAUUACUAGGACCUGAGUUAGUACAGACCAUGAACGAGGCAAUACAGAAGAUUAGGGCCCGAAUGUUGACAGUUCAAAGCAGGCAGAAGAGUUAUGCUGACGUUAGGCGUAUGGACCUGGAGUUUGAAGUAGGUGGAAAGGUGUUUCUGAAAGUGGCACCUAUGAAGGGAGUGUUGAGAUUUGACAAAAGGGGUAAGUUGAACCCUCGUUUCAUCGGGCCAUUUGAGAUCUUAGAGCGGGUUGGCCUUGUAGCAUAUCGACUGGCCUUGCCCCCAUCUCUUUCUGCAGUUCACAAUGUUUUUCAUGUUUCCAUGUUGAGGAAGUAUGUAGCAGACUCAUCUCAUGUUGUGGAUUAUGAGCCUUUCCAUUUAAAUGAGAACCUGAGCUACGAAGAAGAGCCCAUUCGAAUCCUGGCCAGGGAAGUGAAAAUUUUGCGCAACAAGAAGAUAGCUUUGGUGAAGGUUCUUUGGCAAAAUCACCAGUUCAAGGAAGCAACGUGGGAGCGCGAGGAUGACAUGAGGAUGCAUUAUCCCGAGCUUUUUCAGGAUUAG